AUGAUUUGUUUUAACCGACUGCUGCAAAGGUUGCCGUCCAGCAGAAUUUUCCCUGUUCGUUGCACGUGCGUAAUGGCCGCCAAAGCAUUCAAGAACUUUUUGCCUCUCUUUGAUCGCGUUCUUGUGCAGCGCUUUGAGGCAACUUCUACCACUAAGGGUGGGAUUAUGCUUCCGGACAAGUCUAAGGGAAAAGUUUUGGAAGCAACUGUUGUCGCUGCUGGUCCAGGCCGUAUUACUGAGCACGGCAAUACUGUACCCAUCUGCGUUAAAGUUGGUGAUAAUGUUUUUCUCCCCGAAUACGGUGGCACUAAAGUCAUCUUGGAAGAGAAGGAGUACUAUCUCUUCCGUGAGUCGGACAUCUUGGCAAAAAUACAAGAAUAA